AAAACAGGAACCGGUCCAUGUCCCGAUGGCCGUGGCCGAGCCGAAUGCGGAGCACGCCAUGGAGGGGAAAUCCAACCUCUCCUUAUCUUGUCCUCUCCAAUCUUAUUCUCUUCAAUACUCAUGAUUUCCCGCUCUUUUCGGAAUAUCCUUGCUCAGUCACAGAAUUGCAGGUCUAGAAACCUCUACUCCGCCCUUUCGAUAUUGCCCCGACCUAGUUACAGCGCAAGAGCGAUGUCGGCUACAGCUUCACGACCCGAUCCAUUUCGCCCCGCCAAGCGGGUGGCAGGACAGCGCCAGGAUGUUUGGUCAAUCGUCAACGAAGCCGCCGCAGCUUCCCCAGUUCAGCCGAUUGUGAACAUGGGCCAAGGGUUCUUUGGUUAUAACCCCCCGAAGUUCGCUCUUGACGCUGCAAAGGAUGCGUUAGACCGAGUGGAAUGCAACCAAUACUCUCCGACAAAGGGCCGCCCCCGCCUCAGACAAGCUAUCGCGGAUGCUUACUCGCCUUUCUUUGGCAAGAAGCUAAACCCCGAGACCGAGGUCUCGAUCACAACCGGCGCAAAUGAAGGCAUGCUCAGUGCCUUCAUGGGUUUCAUCGAGGAUGGCGAUGAGGUCAUUAUCUUCGAGCCCUUCUUUGACCAAUAUAUUAGCAACAUUGAGAUGCCCGGCGGUACUAUCCGCUAUGUUCCCCUCCACCCGCCCAAGGAUGGUGCCACCAGGACCUCCCCUGCAUCGGAAUGGACUAUUGACUUUGAGGAGCUCGAGAGAGCCAUGAACCCCAAGACAAAGAUGAUUCAGGUCUUGAACUCACCGCAUAACCCCGUCGGCAAAGUCUUCUCGCGCGAGGAGCUCGAGCGCAUUGGUGAACUGUGUGUGAAGUAUAACCUUAUCAUCCUGUCUGAUGAAGUCUACGACCGCCUCUUCUACGUUCCCUACACUAGAAUCGCUACUCUGUCCCCAGAGCUAUACGAGCGCACUUUGGCCGUGGGCUCUGCCGGCAAGGCCUUCUACGCCACUGGUUGGCGUGUUGGGUACCUCAUCGGCCCUGAGCACCUGAUCAAGUACGUGGCCGGUGCACACACCCGUAUCUGUUACAGCAGUGUGUCCCCUCUCCAGGAAGCUGCUGCUGUUGCUUUCGAGCAGGCAGAGAAAGAGGGCUUCUGGGACGAGAGCCGAACAGACAUGAAGGGUAAAAUUGAGCGGUUCUGCGAGGUCUUUGAUGAGCUUGGUAUCCCGUACUCUGAUCCUGAGGGUGGAUACUUUGUGCUUGUCAACAUGGCCUCUGUAAAGCUCCCGGCUGACUAUCCGUUCCCGCCCCAUGUUGCUAGCCGUCCUCGUGAUUUCAAGCUCUGCUGGUUCCUCAUUCAGGAGGUCGGCGUGGCUGCUAUCCCUCCCACGGAAUUCUACACUGAUUCCAACGCCCAUAUUGCUGAGGAUUAUCUCCGCUUUGCAGUGUGCAAGAAUGAUGAUGUUCUUGAGACUGCCAAAGAGCGCUUGAGAGGGCUGAAGAAGUAUAUCGCCCAGUAAACAAAGACAUGCAAGGCUUUGAUAUGUGAGAAGUGAUGAGAUAUGCAUAGAAGUGUUAUGGUGCCAACAGAAAGUUGGAUAUAAAGAUGCAAGAUACGUGCCACAGAAACCAAUUCUCCUUAUAUCCAUCUUGCCUUACAUGAUUAAUCUACCAGUACAUAUCUACUCAUGUACAGCAUCUCCUACAUAGUUUACAGCACCUUAGAACAAUGAACCAGGCACAGUAUGACGAAAAUACCCGCACACGACGGUCUUUGUUUCUAUCUAGAAACAAAGGAGGGGGCGAUCAACUCCCCCCUCCAACCCGCCGCCACCACCGAAAGCGUAAUACAUAAAUGGGCAUCCUGGACCUGGGGGGCAUCCACCGACUGUAC